AUGCCGAGCAGUUUCUGCAGCUCCAACAUGAGCGGAGACGUGGAGCCGAGGCCUGACCUCUCCCUCAACACCUCUGCUUGGCUCCACCCCUGUAUAAACGCCUCCUGCCAACCACCGUUCAAACCCACGGAUCCAUACAGCACUCCCCAGCAGGUUCUCAUCGUCAUGGUAACCGCCUCCCUCAGCAUGCUCACCGUCCUGGGCAACAUGCUGGUCAUCCUGUCCAUCAAAGUAAACCGUCACCUGCGAACAGUCAACAACUACUUCCUGCUGAGCCUGGCGGCGGCCGACCUGCUCAUCGGCAUGCUGUCCAUGAACGUGUACACGUUGUACCGGGUACGGGGCCGGUGGCCCCUGGGGGCCGCGCUCUGCGAUAUAUGGCUGGUCCUGGACUACGUGGUGAGCAACGCCUCCGUCAUGAACCUGCUGCUCAUCAGCCUGGACCGGUACUUCUGCAUGACGCUGCCACUCAGUUACCCGCUGUGGCGGACGGGCAAGAUGGCCGGCCUGAUGAUCAGCGCCGCGUGGCUCCUGUCCUUCGUCCUGUGGGCCCCCGCCAUCCUGUGCUGGCAGACUGCCGGGGGAAGACGGGUCGUCCCAGAAGGAGAGUGUUACAUUCAGCUCCUGGUGAGCCCAGCUGUCACUCUGGCGACCACACUUCCUUCCUUCUACCUGCCGGCGCUCAUCAUGAUCGGGCUGUACAGCCGCCUGUCGGCCGUCAGCCACGGCCGCCUGAGCACUCUCCGGGCAGAGCGGAGCAGGUCUUCCACUCCGUCCCUGCUGAUGAAACGUUGCAGCUACAUGGCCAGCGACCCGGGCUCUGACGUCAAAUUAACGACAGAAAAUGAGUCCUCAUCCCACACUGACCUCCACAGGUGGGCGUCAGCGGCCCUUUCCACCUCUCCCAGCCUCCGGUCUCAGGGGAGAAGGCAGCGGGUGAUCGCGAGGGAAAGGAGGGUUACCAGAACUAUCCUGGCCAUCCUGCUCGCAUUCAUCGUUACCUGGACACCGUACAACAUCAUGGCCGUCGUUGCAGCCUUCUGCCAGUUCCGCAUCCCUGACGUGCUGUGGACCACGGGUUACUGGCUGUGCUACGUCAACAGCGCCAUCAACCCCGGCUGCUACGCUCUGUGCAACAUCACCUUCAGGAAAACCUUCUGCAGCCUUUUGCACUGCCGGAACAGGAAGCUGCACUGACGCUCCAGCAGCUCAAUCAGAUCACAGUUUGUGAGGUUGAAUUAAGGUAAUUUCUUUUCUCUACUCCACCAUGAAUUAUUAGAAUUUUCAUCA